GUAGAUAGCCGUAUCGGUAGCCGCGGCGGGUCCCCGCGGACCUCCCGUCCCGUCCUGGGCCACUGCCGCGCGGAGCGCGUCCUGCUCAACAUGUCCACCCUCGCCGUGCUCGUCCCGGCCCUCCUCGCCCUGGCCGCCAGCGCCAGCGCCGCCACCGUCCCCGCCGGCGCGGCCGUGCUCGAGGUGCCGCUGGCCUCCGACCGGGGCUUCCCCUUCUCCACGGCGCCGAUGCCCCUGGGCGUGGAGAGGGUCGCCACGCCCCCGCGGCUGCAGAUGGUGGGCGGCAAGGACGCCGCGCUCGGCCAGUUCCCCUGGCAGGUGUCCAUCCAGACGCUGAUCCCCAACACCAUGUGGCUGAAGGCCGUGCCCUGGCACAUCUGCGGCGGCUCCCUCGUCGCGGAGGGCUGGGUGCUCACCGCGGCGCACUGCAUCUGGGGCGUGUCGCAGCGCAGCCUGCGCGUCGACGCCGUCCUCGGCAUCGCCAACCUGAAGCUCCAGGCCGAGGGCGCGCAGCGCAUCACCGUCGCGCGGAUGUUCGCGCACGCCAAGUACGACCACUACGCGCGCGGGGGCGUGGGGCCGAACGACAUCGGCAUGCUCAAGCUCGCCAGGAAGGCCAAGCUCUCGGAGACGGUCAAGUUGGUGCCGAUCAACAACGUCAACGGGGUUGACGGGGAAGGAACCACCACUCUCUCCGGCUGGGGCAGCAUCAGCCAGGACGGCAGCAGGCCCGUGUACCCCGAGCAGCUGCAGACCGCGGACUUCCCCAUCGUCCCGCACGACAAGUGCAUCGAGGCCCUCAACAAUACUGAGCCGGCCGCGGUGCCGCUCCUGGCCGACUCCAACCUGUGCGUGGGGAACGUCUUGGGCUUGGCCUCCUGCAGCGGCGACAGCGGCGGUCCCUUGGUCAAGGAGGUCGACGGCGUCAUGGUGCAGAUCGGCGUGGUUUCCUGGGGCCUGACCAACUGCGGGUCCCUGCCGUUCCCCUCCGUGCUCACCCGCGUCUUCUCCCACGUCGCCUGGAUCAACGCCGUGCAGAACAAGUACAAGGAUUAACUGAACUAUAUCGCGGACAGUUGUCAAUAAAGUGAACAUGUAAAAAUAAAUAUUCACACACACACACACAA